CUGGGCGGCCCCGGUUCCCGGCCCCCGCCCCCGGUUCCCCCCGCCCCUCCCCGCCCUCCCGCCGGUGCCGGCUCGGGGAAAGUUGCGGCGAGCCCCGGUCGGCGGAGGCAGAGCCGGCAGCAGCGGGAGGACCGGGGCACGGCGGCACCGGAGCACGGCAGGACCGGCGGCACCGGAGCACGGCAGGACCGGCGGCACCGGAGCACGGCAGGACCGGCGCUUCCCGGUCGAGCAUCCCCGGCCGCCGCAGGGGCCAUGGAGCCGCCGCGGAGCCUCCCGGGGCUGGAGCCCGACCGUGAGGGGCUGGACCCGGCCGGCGGCUGCCCGUCCCCGCUGGAGAUCAAAUCCACCCCCAGCAAGAAGAUUUGGGUCAAGCUCCGGGCGCUCCUGCGCUACCUGGUGAAGCAGCUGGAGACGGGCGAGGUGAACAUGGAGGAGCUGAAGAGGAACCUGGAGUACGCGGCCUCGCUGCUGGAGGCCGUCUACAUCGACGAGACGAGGCAGAUGCUGGACACGGAGGACGAGCUGCGGGAGAUGGGCUCGGACGCGGCCGUGCCCUCGGAGGUGCGGGACUGGCUGGCGGCCACCUUCACCCAACAGGCCCGAGCCAAAGGCCGCCGGGCCGAGGAGAAGCCCAAGUUCCGCAGCAUCGUGCACGCCGUCCAGGCUGGCAUCUUCGUGGAGAGGAUGUUUCGCCGGACGUACACGGCCGUGGGGCCCAGCUACUCCACCUCCGUCCUGAACUGCCUGAAGAGCCUCGACCUGUGGUGCUUCGACGUCUUCGCGCUGAACCGGGUGACGGACGAUCACGCCCUGAGGACCAUCGUCUUCGAGCUCUUCACCCGACACAACCUCAACAGCCGCUUCAAGAUCCCCGCCGUCUUCCUGACGACGCUGCUGGACGCGCUGGAAACCGGUUACGGAAAGUACCGCAACCCCUACCACAACCAGGUCCACGCCGCCGACGUCACCCAGACCGUCCAUUGCUUCUUGCUCCGCACCGGCAUGUUGCACUACCUGACGGAGAUCGAGGUCCUGGCCAUCAUCUUCGCUGCCGCCAUCCACGACUACGAGCACACGGGCACCACCAACAGCUUCCACAUCCAGACCAAGUCGGACUGUGCCAUCCUCUACAACGACCGCUCGGUGCUGGAGAACCACCACAUCAGCGCCGUCUUCCGCAUGAUGCAGGACGACGAGAUGAACAUCUUCGUCAACCUCACCAAGGACGAGUUUGUGGAGCUGCGGGCGCUGGUGAUCGAGAUGGUCCUGGCCACCGACAUGUCCUGCCACUUCCAGCAGGUGAAAUCCAUGAAAACGUCCCUGCAGCAACUGGAGAGGAUCGACAAAUCCAAGGUGCUGUCGCUGCUGCUGCACGCGGCCGACAUCAGCCACCCCACCAAGCAGUGGUCGGUGCACAGCCGCUGGACCAAAGCGCUGAUGGAGGAGUUCUUCAGGCAGGGGGACAAAGAGGCUGAGCUGGGGCUGCCUUUCUCCCCCCUCUGCGACCGCACCUCGACGCUGGUGGCUCAGUCCCAGAUUGGCUUCAUCGACUUCAUCGUGGAGCCCACCUUCUCGGUGCUGACUGACGUGGCCGAGAAGAUGGUGCUGCCCCUCGCCGAGGACGGCACCAAAGCCAAGGGCAACCCCGGGGCCGGCCAGCAAGCCAGCUCGCAGUGGCGGCAGCCGUCCCUGGACGAGCACCUGGAGCUUGGGGACAUCAAAGCCGACCUGGCCGGCUUCCGUUCCACCUGGGCCAAGUACAUCCAGGAGAACAAGCAGAAGUGGAAGGAGCGGGCGGCCAGCGCCCCUCGUCCCACCGCAGGCAUCACCAACCAGGCGUCCAUCGAGGAGCUGUCACCCUGCGAGGAGCAGCAGCCCGUGGUCCCCCCCCGGCACAGGCAGAACGGGGACGUGGAAUAACACCGGGAGGAACGAGAUCCUUGUCCGGCCGAGUGACGCCGUCUCGCCCGAAGUCUUCGAUGCCAUCGAGUCCAGCACCAUUCGCAGGGAAGGAGCCGCCCCCGGGGGCCACGCGCGGAUCGGGGGCCAACCUCGGCGCCAGGAGCGUCCCCGGGGCCACCACCCCCUCCCCCCCCCACCCCCACCCCGUGCCAAACCGGCCACCGAGCCACGGGGCCUUGGGCACCGACCCACUCACUGCCACGCCACCCGGUUUUGUCCUUAUGGCUUUUUAAAAAAGCUUCUUCUCGCCCCGCUGGGGGGGGGAAGCCGGGUGCUUGUGUGUGUGGGGGGGUGGGUGGGUUGGGGACAAUAAUGGUGGCACCGGGGGAUAACAGGGGACCGAGGAGCCGUGUCGGAUGCGCUGUCACCCCGAGGGCCACCCCGCUCCCCUCUCUGGGUCCGGUGACACCGUGAUGGGUGGCCCCCGAUGUCCCCCACCCCGCCCCAAGCAUCCCCGUGCUGGGAGCUGUGUCUCUGUGUGUCACCCCGUGCUGGGGACACGGGUGUGGGUGGGGGGGGGUGUGUGUGUCCCCACUCUGUGGGGGGGGCCUGUCCCCGGGGUCCGCCGGCCUCCUUGGGGUCCUGCCCCACGUGCUGUGGGUACGGCUGGGAGCUGGGGGGGGCGGGCAGCGAGGUGCUGGGGGUGGGGCCGGAGCGGCGCUGGGAGCUGGGGCAGGAUUAGGCCCUGACGUGGCAGCGCCAGCCCCUGGCUCCAGCCUCCCCCCAGUUUUAGCGGGGGGGGGGACACACUUCCCCUUCCCCCGCCCCCACUCCAGCCUCCCCCAGCUCCACGCUCCCUCCAGCAUCCCCCAGUUUUGGGGAGGGGGUGGGGGGGGCCCUCCAGUACCUCUCGGCUCCGGUGUAUUCCAGCACCGCUGACUCCAGCAUGCCUCCCAGUACCCCCCCCCAUGCCUCCCAGUACCCCCCCCAUGCCUCCCAGUACCCCCCCCCCAUGCCUCCCAGUACCCCCCCCAUGCCUCCCAGUA